UGACACCACUAGAUCAACGCCAAAUAUGAAAUAUCUCUUUCACUUUUCCCCCUCUCUUAUAUAGAUAUAUCUAUUAGCUAGUUGUUGUUGUAGUAAGCCACAGUAUGCACAAAUUCAAGCCAUCAAUAAUAUAACACCUUCACUUGAUAACCAAGUUAUGUAAAUUAGAUGGCUCGUUUUCUACUUCUCCUCACUCUGAUCUUACUAUCAUUUUCUUGCCAUAUUUCUCCUAAUUACGCUGUCAAAUUCAAAGAAGCUCCCUUUUUUUACAACUCACCAAAUUGCUUAAGCCAUGAAUAUAAUCAACCUCAAUCGGUCCACAUUGCCAUGACCCUAGACGCCGCGUACCUUCGCGGAUCAAUGGCCGCAAUUUUAUCCAUUCUCCACCACUCCUCGUGCCCAACUCACCUUCAAUUCCACUUCAUUACCGCGGCUUCAACCACCACACACCGCGAUCUUAACCACACUAUGUCUAGCUCAUUCCCGUACCUCACGUACCAUAUGUACUCAUUAAAUGAUUCUCGUGUCGCAGGUCUUAUUUCUACGUCUAUUCGUUCUUCUCUUGAUUGUCCGCUUAAUUAUGCGCGAAAUUACUUAGCUACCCUUUUGCCGAAGAGUGUAAAACGGGUAGUGUACCUUGAUAAUGAUGUGGUAUUGGUGGAUGAUAUUGGAAAACUUGGUGCUACUUUACUUGGAGAUUGUGCUGUAUUAGCUGCUCCGGAAUAUUGUAACGCUAAUUUCAGAUUGUAUUUCACGCCUUCUUUUUGGGCUAAUCCUGCUUUGUCUAUGACUUUUGAAGGCAGAAAAGCUUGCUACUUUAAUACAGGUGUGAUGGUGAUAGAUUUGGAGAGGUGGAGAGACGGAGACUACACAACAAAGAUUACAGAAUGGAUGGAAUUGCAGAAAAGAAUGAGAAUAUAUGAACUGGGCUCUUUGCCACCAUUUCUGUUGGUUUUUGCAGGCCAUAUAGCCCCAGUUGACCAUCGAUGGAACCAACAUGGGCUUGGUGGGGAUAACUUUCAUGGGCUGUGUAGAGAUCUGCAUCCUGGCCCAGUUAGUCUUUUACAUUGGAGUGGCAAAGGUAAACCUUGGGCUCGCCUUGAUGCUGGACGACCCUGCCCAUUGGACUCACUUUGGGCUCCUUAUGACUUGUUGCAGACACCUUUUUCACUUGACCCCUGAAAGUUUCACCACUUUUGUACAUUCUAUCAUCUAUAGGUAGGAUGUUAGGGAUGCAUAUAUGAUUAUAUGACAUAUGUACCUAAAUUUUGAUAUACCUAUCUUUAAAAAUUACUACAAGUUGGACUAGUAGUGAUA